AGCACGUGGCUCCGGAGGCCCAGUUAAAUAAUUACGAAACAAUGUGACAACAUACCCGCGGAGCCCGUUAUGCGAUGAAAUCCGCCAUGUUCCCAGAAACUAAUUAGCUAGUGGCUUCAAAUUGUGACUUGUGGGCGGAGCUACGUUAUUCUAAUCACAGAUAUCAGCCACUAAAUUCAUAAGAUGUCAACAAGAAAAAACUCCUCAUCUGAAACAACCAAACACAAAACGUACAAAAAGCAUAUUCUGAUUCCGAUACUCGUAAUCCUCCUACCAUAUAGUUUAGCGAUAAACUUGCCCAGUGGUGAUCCAGCUCCAGGGCGAUCACCAGGACCACCUAUUGAUGAUGAAAUUAGUGAUAAAUCAACGAACAUUGAAGUGGCUGAAGUGUUUUACGAUGAGACGACGGCAAGUGAUGUAACUACUGUAGAAGCCAUUAUUAGUGUGGAUGAUGAUGCAUGUGCUUAUGCAAAGGUACCAAGUGAUAGUGGUGAAGUUAUAACCCUAAGUGAAAGUGACAGUGAUGUUAAUGUCACCAUCAGUCAUCCGAUAUUUGAGACACAGCAAUUGGUUAGAGGAGUCACGUAUGACGUUCAUCUCCAAUACGGAGACACCUCGCUGUGGGACUACGUCAUCACCUCUAUCAUCGGUCCCCACAGCCGCGGGAACUUCACCACCACCACAGAGAGGCCUUGCAGGGACGACCCACUCCCAUUUUUCGUCCCAAAGCAGAGAACAGUACGCUCCAAACACAAGUGGCCGGACAACAAUGAUAGGACGAGAAGUGACAGUGUGUACUUUAGACCCCGAAGUUCGCGAUCUUUGCGCAAGCGGUUGAAGUCCGGAGUGGUUAGUGGGUUCUUGCAAGGUCGGAGUGUCGCUCUGCGUUGGUCGCUUGAUGCUGUCCAUGCUGAUACCAAGGAAACCAGUGUUGUUUUUAGAUUACGAUAUAGAAGAGUUACAAGUGCCACCAUAUACCAAGUGUUCUUUACUAAGCCUUUAAGAUUAGAUUGUGCAAUAAGAAUAAGAAAUGCCCGAACGGGGCGUAUUCACUCCGGCUACUUGCCCCGAGCCCACGGCUGCAGACUGUCCUUCCCCAAGCCUUCAACUAGAAACGCCUUGCUCCUGGAGCUCCAUAAGCUAAACGUCCCAUGUUCAUCAGGGUAUAUCAAAUACGCACCAAACACUCCCACACUCUGCGGGAAACUGGAGCAACUGUCACCCCAACAAAGAAAGUAUCUUUAUCAGUCUUCGUCCAAAACCCUCGAUUUGGAGAUCCGUGGCCGACCUACGUUCGCCGUGACGUACCGCUUAGUAGACUACUGUCAUGAAGUUCUACUGACGGCUAGAAACGGCUCGUUCGAAGUCGGACCAGCGGUUAAACUCUUCUGUUCCUAUAAGUUACACUUGCCUUUCGGAAACCGUGUCGCCUUAAGACUUCAGAUGGGCUCUAGGCCCGCUAGUGAAAUCUCCAAUAUAAUCCACGAAGAUACUCAUCCUUACUGCCGAGGUAUGCAACUCAACUUGCAGGACGGCUUAUCGAAGUGGAAGCAUUGCUCUCAACCAGGUGAUCCCCUGAGAAGUGUUCAAAUCAUCUCCGAGGCAAACGCCAUAAGAUUAAAUAUAAGUGUAGUUAGUAGGAGGAACUCUACAGCUAUGUGGCUCAAAGUUUGGUGGAUGGAUAAGCCUAUCGAGGAUGUUGUUGGCUCAUGUGAAUACGGGUGGGUGGUGGCUGGCGACUUUUGUGUGACUUCUGUGAGAGGUGCCAAGAGAUCGUGGAAGCAAGCUGAAGCGGAAUGUGUGAAACUCGGAGGACAUCUAGCGAGUAUAUCAAGCGAUCGACAGCAACAUAUUAUUGACCAACUCCUUAUAAAUACACCUGGUGCUGGCACGGAUGACGUGUACUGGAUCGGAGCCACUGACGCUGUGCACGAGGGAGAGUUCAGGUGGUCAGAUGGACUGCCCUUCUCUUACGCACAUUGGUUCCCCGGGUGGCGGAAGCACGCCAGCCAGCCAAACGACGAUGGCACUUCCGGUCAGGAUUGUGUGGAGGUGCGGCGCGAGAUGCCGCCCCGUCCGGCGCACCCCACCUUCAUGUGGAACGACAGGAGCUGCAGGGAACACAACCAUUACGUCUGCGAGAGACCAGCCACUAACGAUCCGUACAGAGCAGCCAAGAUCCAGUGCAACGAGACGAUCGUGCUGUCCCGCUCGCACCCGCAUGCCACAGUAUCCAGCCCCGGGUUCCCCCGACCGUACCCGGACGAUGCCGAGUGUGUCAGCGAAGUUCGGGCACCACCAGCACACACCAUACGACUGCAGUUCGAGGAGUUACUUACGGAACAUGAACAACAUUGCAGUUACGACUUCCUGGAGAUAGUGGAACCGAGCUGGGACAACAGAACAGGACACGAGGCGGAGUACUGGCAUCACGACCCCAUCGGCGACAAUGAGGUUUUUGAAGAUGCAGAAUCUCUGAUAGCAGAGUCGGAUGCCAUCAGCGCAGGAUGGACCAGGGGCAGCUCGCGGCGGCUUUGUGGAGACUGGGGCGGGAAGCUCAAGCUGCUGCGGUACCAGUCCAAGGCUCAUGUGCUCAGAGUGCGCUUCCACUCCGACCACUCCAGCCAUUACGCGGGCUACAGAGCUAAAGUCACACUAGCAGACUCGCAAUCCUGUAUGGACUCCAAGCAGAUCCUGUUCAACGGCUACUGCUAUUUAUUCUCCGGGUACCCGAGAGUAUCCUGGACUACAGCUAAACAGGUUUGCGAAGGUCUGAACAUGGUGUUAGCUUCAGUCCACACUCCUGACGAGGAAAGAUUCAUCGUGACCGGAAUCAGGCAAAGCAGCGAUUACAGCGCUGGAACCAUCUACUGGCUCGGAGCUCGUAUAGAGGAUGAUGAGUUUAGCUGGAUUGAUGGAAGCGCUUUAGGAUAUCAUGCAUGGCCACCUUAUAACGACACUGAGGAGCUGGAUAACGCGUGUUUGGGGAUCCAAUGGAAGAGCUCACCAGUUCCAUCACAGCCGAGCGGUCUGUAUUGGACACUCCACAGGUGCUCAGUAACUGGAGGCUACGUGUGCAAACGACGCCUCAACCCCGAGAACCUUAUCAGGAACAACACUAUCGAAGGAACUGAGGGCAUUAUAACCAGCCUCAAUCACCCUGCCGUGUACGAUAACGAUUUGGAUUACUACACCAUGAUCAAGGGGCCUCUAGACACGAGACUGGUGUUCGUCUUCCAAACCCUCGAGCUGGAGUAUCAGACCGAUUGCCUAUAUGACUAUAUUGAGUUGCGAGAUGGAGUCACUACCAAACAUUCGAAAUACUGCGGAACCGUUGGAGAGACAAAGUGGGUAUCGUCGUCCAACGAGGCUGUACUACAUUUCCAUUCUGAUUACAGUACCCAGGGUACAGGGUUCUUGCUGAAAUGGCGCGCGGUGGAGCUGAAGGGCUGUCCAGAACAGACAUACACUGCCAAGGAAGGGGUUAUAAGCAGUCCUAACUACCCACACUUUCUUCUUCCAGAUCUAGAUUGUACUAUUGACAUUCUAGCGCCCGCAGGUAAACGUGUCUUCCUAAACAUCAGCUUCUACGACUUUGGAUAUGGCACAUUUGUAAACGGAGUGCCGUUCAACACAACAAGUCUUGAAGAUUCAUUUCUUACAGUUCAGGUUGACUCUCAGAACCCACCAAUUCAGCCGUUCGUGAACCCAAAUGUUUUGACUAACUGCUUGUUUGUAUCGAUAUCGGAAGUUAUGAGACUACGGUUGAAGACUGCAGAAAAUGUUACUGGCAUCGGUUUUUUGGCGCAUUACAAAACCGUCAGCUUCGUCAAUAUAUCGCACGUGGUGGAGCUGCGAGACGUCCGCUCCGGCCGAGUGUCGGCACCGAACUGGCCCGGCCCUGCCCCGCCCCGCUCGCUCCUUAGCACGAGACUGGUCGCGCCGCACGGGUACACCCUCUCUUUGACAGUUGCGGGUACUACACUUGCCAGACCAGGGGACACUUGUGGAGAUGGCCAGGGUUGGAUUGAGGUACAAGACAGUUACACAGACAACAACGGAACUCAGUGGACGCUGUGUGAAUCCUCAAGAGAUAAACGCAAGGCUGACAUGAAUGCUCCCCUCAUCAUCAACUCCUACUUGCAUACCCUAGUAGUGACACAACAUGCUGUUGAACGAGGACUUAGAAUGGACGUCUCUCUUGCUGUUAACCUUGAUCCCAACUACCAUAGUAAAGUGCUUCUCUUACCAGAUGAAACCAAAUUGGUGUCAUGUUACCCCAACCCUUGUUCACACAACGGCUGGUGCGCUACAGAAGACUCCAGAAAGUUUUGCAAGUGUAGAAGCUAUUAUACAGGAGUAUUCUGCUUAGCGACAGCCUGCGAACGAUCACCAUGCAUAUUCGGUAACUGUUCACUGUCUGAUGAGUCUGAGAGUGAAGGUUUCCGAUGCAUGUGCGCCAGGGGUUGGAAAGGAAAACGAUGCGCCGAGAGGAUCAGGCCGUGUGCCUCUAAGCCCUGCAACCAUCGAGGAGCCUGCUUGGAGAAGGAUGGGCAGUUUUUAUGUCAGUGCAACCCAUCUUGGAAAGGGAAACGAUGUGAAAUACCAAAUCCAACGCCGCACAUCAUUGGUCUGGGAGCUCGCAUGAUGCAAGAACCGUUUUGGCUCGGUCUAUUCGCCGUAUUCUUAGUCCUCGGAAUGGUUGGGUUGAUCUGGUGUGCUAAGCGGCAUUUCCCUGAAAAAAUCGAGAAACUCCUCGCAGAAGAAGCCGACAGAUGCGCCAGACCUUCGCGCGGUGAAAGACAGCGGUACGCCGCUGUGCCCCAGAAGGAGCCUUAGGGCUUUAUAUUGUAGGCGUUACAUACAAGGUUCGCCUUCGCCUCG